AUGGCACCGUUUUCGGUUUCGCCGCCUCGUCCACAAGCGUGGCACAAAAAGCCGCCAGGUGGGCUGGCCCAGUCUCCUCCUGCCCCCCUUCCUGCGUUGGCCCAUCAUCUGCUGGGGCGUUUAGGGCAGCACCCGACGGAUUCCAUGGCGGAUAGCGCCGCUAAGGCAAUCACAUCCCAGGGUGCAUGCGCACACCCGGGUGGCGCUUGGUGUCCCUCGUUUACAAGCGGCAGGCUCGGUCCAGAUGGAGACCUGGUUUGCCCUCGGGGCGGGUGUCAAGUGGACGCAGACAUUAAUGCUGCGUUUAGUCGUCUAGUGCUGUGUGUCAGUCCUUCCGGCCGUGCCGGUGUGGCCGCGCUGGAGAGCGCUGCGUGCGCUUUGACCGCGCCGUGUGGCGCUAUUCCGCGCUUCGACGCACACGCGGUCCCGGUGCUCCGAGAGCAGCAGUACUGCAGUAGUGUAAGGCCCUUGGCAGCCCCGGCUCCACCUCACCCUGUCCUAUCCGGCACCUCGAACGCAACCGUACAGCAAGCCAUGAAGGCUAUAGGACAUAAAUCAACUUCAUAA